UGCAAUUUUUCGUUUUGUUUUCGUUGAAGCUCCCUCAUUAACUUUCCAUGGUUACUAUUUCCACACUCCAACUUUGAUUUUUCAAACUUCCAACUACUAUAUAAGAGCAAGCCUCAUCGUCAAUGGCAUCCAUUUACCAAAUUUUCCUCCUCCUUUUCAAUUCAACAUCACAGAAACAGCACAUCUCUAGGUUGACCUUCUGAUAUUGAACACAAAAGUCUUCUGGUGAAUGGGUCUUUGUCUUUCACUGCUCUUAUCCUCUUGGACUGAAAUCCUCUGGCUGAAGUUGUUUGGUUCCAUUGACGCUGUUGAUAAUGUCACUGAGAAGUCUUUAAUCUUGGACAGAGAAGGAGAUUCAGACACAAUGAUGUUAGAGAGGUCGUUAAGCUUCAAGAACUGGGAUUCCAAUCAAGAUGUUAAAUCGUCAGAUUCAUCUAAAAGUUUGGACGAGGCUCAAGAAACAAUCCGCAUAACGAAACCCACAAUCACAAUCCCAGAACCAAUUCUGUUCUUUUCUCCAAGACCCAUUAGUGAGCUUGAUGCUGCUGCAACUACGCUUCAAAAAGUUUACAAGAGUUAUCGAACUAGAAGAAAUCUUGCAGAUUGUGCAGUUGUAGUUGAAGAGCUCUGGUGGAAGGCCUUAGAUUUUGCAGCACUGAAAAGGAGCUCAGUAUCAUUCUUCAACAUUGAGAAACAUGAAACUGCUGUGUCGAAGUGGGCAAGGGCUACCACAAGGGCAGCCAAGGUUGGGAAAGGUUUGAGCAAAGAUGAGAAGGCUCAAAAGUUAGCCCUGCAACACUGGCUUGAAGCUAUCGAUCCACGACAUCGUUAUGGACACAAUUUACAUUUGUAUUAUGAUGUCUGGAGUGACAGCAAGAGCACUCAACCUUUCUUCUACUGGCUGGACAUUGGUGAUGGGAAGGAAGUAAACUUGGAGAAGUGCCCAAGAACAGUUCUACAUCGCCAGUGCAUCAAAUAUCUUGGACCAAAAGAGAGAGAAACAUAUGAAGUAAUUGUGGAGGAUGGGAAGCUUGUAUACGGACAAACUGGAAUGCUUAUUACUACUACUGAAGGUUCUAAGUGGAUCUUUGUGCUGAGCACAUCAAGAGCACUGUAUGUGGGACAGAAGAAGAAGGGUGCCUUUCAGCACUCAAGUUUUUUAUCUGGGGGAGCUACAAUUGCAGCUGGAAGAUUGGUAGCCACUGAAGGGGUUCUUGAGGCAAUAUGGCCAUAUAGUGGUCACUAUCUCCCCACCGAGGACAAUUUUAAAGAAUUCAUCAGUUUCCUUGAGGAGCACAACGUGGAUUUAGCAAAUGUCAAGAGAUGUGCAGUAGAUGAUGAUGAUGCUUCAUCUAAGAUAGCUGGUGAUGAGUCCAAGUCAAAGACACAGGAGACAGAGCCCGUACCGGAGACAAAAGCUGUUGAGGUCAAUAGGCUUACAACCAAUGAUGAUCAAGAAGACAGCAGUGAAGCCCCAGCAGCCAAGUUGGAAGCACCAGUAAUAUUUGACGUGACGAAGAGGUUAUCAUGCAAGUGGGCUAGUGGGGUUGGUCCAAGAAUUGGGUGCGUGAGGGACUACCCUCCAGAGCUGCAAUUCAUGGCACUCGAGCAAGUCAACUUAUCGCCGAGGGUCAGCCCUGGCCACUAUGGGGCAGGAGUUCCAAUCCCUUCUCCGCGGCCCAGCCCAAGGAUUCGAGUCUCGCCUAGACUUGCAUAUAUGGGUCUCCCUAGCCCAAGGGUAGCAGUUAGCUCUGCAAGUUAGAUAAGGAAAGGAGCUUAGGACAGAGAGUGACAAAGUUUGGUUUAAUUGCAGGGAAGUGUAAGAAAUUAACCAAUUACCUUUGUUUUUUCAUUAAUAGUUAACUUUUUUUAAAAUUUUUUUAUAAUGCAUAUUGUAUUUAAAGUCUUAGGAUAAACUACGAAGAGUGAGAUAUGUUUAUAUUUUA